GGCUCGGUCACGUAACACCGUUCAGGGACAAACAUGGCGGCGGCCGGAGCUGCUUCUCUGAGCAGAAUCUCCAGAUUAUUUUCAUCGUUUUCCUGCAGGAAACAGCGGAUUAACGUGAAAAUAAUCCCACAGACAAGAGGAAUCAGCUCAUGUAUCGACCCUGCUCAUGGACUCACUGAUGAACAGAAGGAGUUCCAGAAAGUGGCGUUUGACUUUGCAGCCAAAGAGAUGGCUCCUCACAUGGCCGAGUGGGACCACAAGGAGAUCUUCCCGGUGGAGACGAUGCGCCGAGCAGCUCAGCUGGGUUUUGGAGGCAUCUACGUUCAGCCGGACGUCGGUGGAUCGGGUCUCUCUCGCCUGGACACGUCCGUCAUCUUUGAGGCUUUGUCUACGGGAUGUGUGAGCACCACAGCUUACAUCAGCAUCCACAACAUGUGUGCGUGGGUCAUCGACACGUUUGGAAACACUGAGCAGAGAGAACGCUUCUGUCCUGAUCUUUGUUCCAUGGAGAAGUUUGCUUCUUAUUGUCUCACAGAACCAGGCAGCGGCAGCGACGCGGCGUCUCUUCUCACCUCUGCUCACAGGAGCGGUGACAACUACGUCCUCAACGGCUCAAAGGCGUUCAUCAGUGGAGGAGGAGACGCAGACGUUUACGUGGUCAUGUGCAGAACAGGAGGAAAAGGAGCUAAAGGGAUCUCAUGUGUGGUGGUGGAGAAAGGAACUGCAGGACUGAGCUUUGGCAAGAAAGAGAGGAAGAUGGGCUGGAACUCUCAGCCGACCCGUGCGGUCAUAUUUGAAGACUGUGUUGUUCCUGUGAACAAUCGUCUCGGUGACGAAGGACAAGGUUUCAGCAUCGCCAUGAAAGGACUCAACGGAGGGAGAAUAAACAUCGCUUCCUGUUCUCUGGGCGCGGCUCACGCCUGCGUUCAGUUAGCCAGAGAUCACAUGAUGGUGCGGAAACAGUUUGGAGAAACACUUUCUAAAAACCAGUUCCUUCAGUUCAAACUGGCAGAAAUGGCCUCUCAGUUAGUGGCCUCUCGUCUGAUGGUGCGUGAAGCGGCGAGAGCUCUGCAGGAGAACCGCUCUGACGCCGUCUCGCUCUGCUCCAUGGCCAAACUGUUCGCCACAGACCAGUGCUUCAACGUGUGUAACGAGGCCCUGCAGAUACACGGCGGGUACGGUUACCUGAAAGACUACGCCGUGCAGCAGUUUGUACGAGACAUCAGAGUUCAUCAGAUCCUCGAGGGAACUAACGAGGUGAUGAGGAUGAUCAUAUCCAGAGAUCUGCUCACAGAGCUGUGAUCCAGCAUUAUUAUGGUCUGUCAGACUGGUUUGUUACUGGGUUUCUUUCAUGUAACUUUAGUUUCUGGUGUAACUUUAGUUUGUUCCUCUGGUGUCGGCUAUAAAACCACAACUCCUGAGUUUAAUGGAAUAAGUAUUUUCAUUAAAGUGACGUCUGUGACAUAUUUUCUUAUAUUUGAUCCAGAAAAUGAAGAUGUUUCUCAAAGAAAGCAGAAAAAUCACAGAAACGUCAUUUUUAUUGAAAUAAAAACUGUAAAACCGAUGAAUUGAUUAUGAAAAUAGUCGACGACUCAUCGUUUCAGCCUUAAAAAUCAGACGACUUCAUUCAGCGCCACCUGCAGGUCAGAAUGUGAUGAAAUCCUCAGCUAGCAUAGCAACAUUAGCAUGGUGCUCGUCGGGAAACAGACGUUUGAUCCUGGUUUUAUUUAAGAAAAGCUGCUAAAACACUUUCAUGAGAUUAAGAUUCAUGUCUCAUCAUGUCUGUUACUGUAUUUCUCUGUCAUGUGUUCAUAAGUUCACGUGUUCAUGUGUGUAAUAGACACACACACACACACAGGCUUUUUUUCUAACCUCACUCCAAAAUAAAAGUCUUUCCUAAAAGAAA